CUUCAAUAUCUCUCCUUGUUCUCUGAUGAAAGCAGAGAGCGUGGAUCUUAUAUUGUUCUCGUAUUGUUGCAGCGCAGUGGCGUCAUGUUCAUAGUUUGAUGUGAAACAUUCCUUACACAGUGGCGGGGUCUCUCGCGGUGGGUGGUUCGGCCCUGAGGAUAGAGGUUAUUCAAUUCGUGUAUUUCAAUAACUUAGGAAUUCAAAUUGAUCACUUCAGUUUCAUUGGAUGUUCAGUCCUGUGGACUGAUUAAAGCAUGGUUGAAGUUCGUGUUGCAUUGGCGAACUUUGCCUAAACUUUACGUAGGACAGCUGGGACAUGAAUUUGAAGUGUACAAGUGCAUCUUGUAAUGUUUAAUAUUGAUACGGCGUUAAGUGUGAGUAUGGGUUGCGAUGAAAGAAGAAGAGGAAAGGACUCCUUUACGAACAAUUCUUCAGAACUUUUUAAACCAUAUUGAGAAACUUGAUAGGGAAAAAUUAGAAGGCAGUUAUGACAAAGAAUUUCAGGAGUUAAAACUGUUUAGUGAAUUCCUGAAGACUUCUAAGCAGUACACUUGUUCUCAAGGUGAGAAAGAAGUCAACAGGAAGAAAAAUCGUUACAAAGAUAUAUUACCAUUUGAUUGCAGUCGUGUUAUAUUAGAAGAUUAUGCAGGCAUCCCUGGCAGUGACUACAUUAAUGCUAACUAUAUUAAAGGAGCCAGUGGCUCUCCAGCGUAUAUUGCCAGCCAGGGUCCAUUGCCUCACACUGUUAAUGAUUUUUGGCGCAUGGUGGUGCAGUGUGAAGUGCAAGUUAUUGUUAUGGCUUGCAAUGAAGAAGAAUCUGGCAAGCACAAGUGUGAGAACUAUUGGGUGGAGCAUGAAGGCGAGGAGAAGCAGUUUGGCAUGGUGGCCAUUCAGCUGAUGAAGGCCAGCGUGGUGUGUCCGGACUUCUUGGUGCGCACCAUGCGCCUCAAAUAUACAAAAAAUCACUCCUCUACUCAAGAAGAACGCACGGUAUGCCAGUUCCACUAUUCUGCUUGGCCAGACCAUGGGGUUCCACCGUUGGUACGUCCACUUCUCGACAUGGUUCGUCUUGUCCGGGACACUCAAGCUUCUGAAACAUUGCCAGUUCUUGUGCAUUGCUCAGCAGGUUGUGGGCGCACGGGAACCAUAUGUGCCAUUGAUUAUGUUUGGGGGUUACUUCGUGCUGGGAAAUUGACUAAAGAUUUUAGUCUAUUCACAUUAGUGCGUGAGAUGCGCAAACAGCGGAUUGCAAUGGUUCAAACUAAGGAGCAAUAUGUACUGGUUCAUCAUGCCGUUAAAGAAUUAUUUAAUGAACAGCUGCGGAUGAUUGAUUCUCAUCCUUAUGAAAACAUUGAUGUUAAUGGGAUGGUCAAAGAGAGUCCUGAACCUGUUUAUGCUACUAUCAAAUUUGAAGCCAAUAACGAAGAAAAGCAGGAUAGUAAUGAGAAGGAGUGUAUGUCUCAGGAGAGUGAUGAUGCUCCUCCUCUGCCGUGCAAAAGAAAGCCCUACACAGCACAUACAAAGCAAGAGAAGGAGGUGGAAAAUCUGACGCAAAAGCACGGCUGCAGCUUCAGUGAGCAGCGCCCAGGGGGGGGCUGCUCCUCUCCUGGCACCAGCACCAGCAGCACCAGCAGCAGCAGCAGCACCUGCGGGAGCCUCCUCCACAAACCCAGAAUUGCCAAGUUGCGUGCUUUGUUUGAGCGCACCUCGAGCCGUGAUGGUAAAAGUGUGCAAGUGAAACAUCGCACGCCUCAACAAGUAACACGAAGUCACUCGCUGGGAGCUGUGAGAAAAGUAGAGGAAGGGGUGAUGUGCGUCCAGCCAAUAGCCAACAGAGGGGUUUUGCGUGUUCCUCAGUUGGCAGUUGCAGGUGAUGCAACCUAUGUGCGAUCUGGGAGACCAGCAUUGCCUAUCAAGAGAAGCAAGUCUCUUAAAGUGCUUAGUUCUGGAGAGCGCAACAAGUUGUCUGUAUCUCUUCCUGGAGGAGGAGCUUCGCAGGAGGGCCAAGCAAGGGAAUUCGAUGGUGGCGAAAGAUCUGAGCUUGCUCUAAGUCCCAAAGGAUGCUCUCCUAGCAGUAAUAAGUCAGUAGUGAGUGACGUGAAGCCCUAUGUUCCUUCUAAGAAAGUAACAAAAGAUAGAUUUAGUGAUAGAAAAGUUGCAAAGAAUGUUGUUGGUGAAAGCAAGAGUGUGAGCUCUCAAAACAUUGCACUCUCUUCGAGGAAAGGUUCUGAAGCUGUGCAUUUGGUGAAUUCUCCGUUAUCAGCAAGUGAAGGUUGGAGAAGAAGUCUAGAUUCCAUUACUUUAGAGUCGGAUGGUGCUGUCUUACUUUCAUUGCCAACCUGUUCCCAGAUAGCUUCUUCUGGUAGGAAAUCAGAGCAAUAUAGGCUAGAUGAAGAUGCUAAAAAGUUGUUACAAGAUUGUAGGGAUUAUUUGUCAGCUUCAGAAAAGUGUGAGCCUGGCAAGCCAAGCCCUGAACAAAAAUUUCAAGAUUCUCUAAUGACAAAUAUUCAUUCAUUGCAGCAUCUAACUGUUGAAGCUCAGAGAAAAGUCAAUGCUGUAGUUGGAGGUUUGGGUACUCGCGAACGAAGAAAUAGUUUCCGUCAGGCAAUUAGCAAAGAAUUGGAAUCAAGCGUCAGGCCGCAUGAAUACGAAGCAUGUUUCGUAAGCAAAUCAAGUAAUUCCGUUGGUAGUAAACGUAUAACUCCGAGCUCCGGUUCUGAUGGGAAACCUGAAACAUCUCGAAUGAAAAUGAAAGGGUUUCCAAAGCCAGUUGCUCCAAGUAUGUCAGUGCAGGGUGCAAUGUCAUCUCAUGUGACGCCUUUGGGAGCUUUUAGGCCAAAGCCAAGAAGCGGCAAAAAGGAUGCAUUGUCAAGUUCACAGUGUGGUCCACUUGAUGACACUUCCGUUUCAUCUUCGAAGGUGUCCUGUUCUGUACAAAAAGAUUCUUGUGCUGGCUACUCAAAACCAAACGAUCGUACAGCUGCUCGACAUAUCACACUAACAGAUAGCUCUUCUGCUGCUUUGAAUACUAAUACUCUUUUCACUGAAAAUAUGUAUGUCAAAGGGCAGUUAGAAGGUAAUGUUGGGGCUCGACAGGACCUAAGAAUAAUGCCACAAAAUUCUUUACAUCAUCACAGCAAACCUCACAAUCCCUCCCGAGUUCCUGGACAUCGUUCAACGGAAGGUAAUAGUGAAAGUUGCAACGAGGUAAGAUUGUCGGCCAAUCCAGUGAACCAUGAAAGUUCUGAUUUCAAGAUCUUUAAUGUUUCAGUAGCUAGAAAAAUAAAUACUGUUUCUAAAGGGAGAUUUAUUUCUCCUACUCUGAACAAUACAAAACAUUUGGAACGGCCACAUACUAACGAGACGGAGCCAAUACUGAGUAGGGCAGUCUGCACAGAAGUACCUCGCUUACCUCCAAGUUCAGUUAAUCAUGACAGUUCACACCCAUCAAGUGCAGUGAAUGAACAGAUCAGUGUUAAACAGGAAUCUAUAAACGGAAUUAAAAACUCAAGAUCUGCAGAAGGUCGUAUUCUGUGUUCUAAAAUCCUUCCUCAAGGUGAAUCUGAUCAGAAUAAGUCAGUAAAACAUGAAGUAUGUGGAGCGAACAGUAGGUCAAAAGAUCGACCAGACCAAAGUUGCGUCGGUCCCAAUGUGGUGAGGCGAGUGGAUUGGGGUGCACAGGCACAUCCUCGCACGCUGGUGAAACCAAUGUGGCCCCCCACCGGGCCAAGCUCACAUGGCCAAGAGCACCGCUUUCCAAACCGGGGGAAGGCAGAGAGCAGCAGUGCUCCCAGCAGAGGCAAGAGCUGCGUGGACAGCGGGGCAGAGAGGGAAGAGCUGCACGCAGAUGUGGCUGGGGCAGAGAGGAAUGCAGUCACUGCCAGAGGAGCCCCCAAACUUUCUGUGAAACAAAAGAAGGAACUAAUUUUCAAUGAAGGUGGCUCCCAAGAUGAUCUGGCCCUGUGUGCGUCUGGACCGGGCUCUGUUGGCUCUUCGCGCGUCCGUCGCCAUGCCAGCGUGGUGCUGCUGCGGCGUAGCCUGAUCGAUAACAAUGACUCUGCCCCCCUGGCUCCCCUUACUGUAUGGAAUCAACCCGAGCAUGGUGAAAACAGUUCUGAAUCUUCAAAUAGACAGAAUGUGAGUAAGCAAGACCUAGAAGCUUGGAACGUGGCCCCAGGGGUGGACGUUGACAUGGUUGGAGCGAGCAUUAAACCUAGUCGUGGUAAUGGCAUAAAAAUCCUCUCCCUAGUAAUUAGUUGGGAAGAAUAUGAACAAUACAAUUCGCAGUUAUUUGCUAAACAAAAUCUGGCAAAUACUUUC